AUGGAGCAGGUGAGCGAGCUGUAUCAGAACGAGCGCUUCUUCGGCAUCAUCUGGAAGGGCCCCGUGGCGGCCCUGGACCGCGCAGAGUGGACGGACGGCACGGGGGAGGGCAUCGCCGUCACCAAGCCCCCCACCGAGCAGCCCCAGGCCUGGGAGGUGGUCGUCACGCCCGGCACAGACCCGGAGGGCUGGCAGUACGGCACGGUGUUCAAGCACCUGGAGUACAAGCGGCCGGGGGGGCGAUCCACCCCCCGCUUCGGCGACGUGGUACGGAGGCGGCUGUGGCGGCGGAGGCCCGAGGCCGCCGAGGCGGCCGACGCGGCCUCCCUGGGCAGCAGCAGCGGUUCCGGCGAAAGCGUGGACGGCACGAGCCAGGAUCCAGGCGCCGCGCCCAUCCCUCCGCGCUCGGAUUCGCGGCGCAGGCGAGACGCACCUGGGGCUCAGGAGGAUGCGGCCCAGCGCCGGGCGAUCAAGGGGUUCCUGAAGAUGGUCUACGAUCUGCUGGAGCGCCGGCGGUGGUGGUCUCUCGCGCCCUGGGAUCCCUCCGCACUCUACCAGGUAUACCAAAAGCACCAGCAGGUCUACGCCACGCUCCAGGUGCAAGCCUACGAGCGGCGGCUGUUCACGGCCGAGGACGAGGCGCCGCUGUCCGCGCUACAAUCGGAGGGCGGCAGAACGCUGCUGCAGGACCUGCUGUGCGCGGGCAUGCACUCCCGGGCCGCCUACGGCUACGCCAUGGCGGCGGGGCACAUCAGCACCGUCACGGGGUACAUCAAGCUGAAGACCCUGGCGCCCUUCACGUUUGAUGCGGUGGGCGGGGUGUCUGUGGAGGCCAACAACGACAGCGUGGCGGAGCUGACGGGUAUCGACCCGGGCGACAUCCUCCUGGCGGAGUGGAGCAACUCCACCUACCGCCCAUGCCACUAUGUGGCCGUGGACCGCGCCAACCGCUGCCUCGUGCUGAGCAUCCGAGGGUCCUUGGAGGUGGGGGACCUGCUCUCGGACAUGGCCGCGCAUCCCAUGGAGGCCAGCCUGGGCGGCCGCAGCGGCUGGGUGCACGAAGGCAUCUUUUCGGCGGCCACCUACAUCCACUGCACGACGGGGGAGACCCUGGAGAGGGCGGCCGAGCAGUUCCCGGGCUGGCCCCUGCUCAUCACGGGGCACUCCCUGGGAGGGGGUGUGGCGGCCCUGCUCACACUGCUCAUCCAUGAGGCGGGCGUGCCGCGUGGUAUGGGUGCCGUGGGCUGCGUGACCAUCGGCACCGCGGCCGUGAUGUCGCGCCCGAUGGCAGACGCCUGCCGGCCCCACGUGACCUCCGUCAUCCUGGCGGCCGACAUCAUCCCCCACCUCAGCUACGCGUCCGUGGAGACCCUGCUCCUGGAGCUGAACCAGUCCAGCCUGCUGCCCCGCGCGGCCAAGGGCCUGGGCAAGAAGCUGAGCUCUGUGCUGGGAUUGGGCAAGGACUCUGGCGACACAAAGGUCAGCGAGGCAGUGGCCAAGCGCCGCUCGGAGGGGAAAACCCAGGCGCAGGGGGAGUGGAAGAGCGUGCGGCGGGCGGCGGGGUCGUCGCCGCGCCGGCCUGCCGAUGAACUGAGGGUCUUGCUAAAGGACGAGGAGGCGCUGGCUGCCGCGGCCGAGGCCACCUCCCACACGCUGGAGCAAACAGCGAGGGAGGGAGGGGCGAGCCAGGCGCAGGGAUCUGGGGCGGACACGGCCGUGUCCCCUCGACCCUCGCCGCGACUCAUUCCGGUGAUCGAGAUGUCCGACCCCGACGCUCCACCUCAAGCCGGCGGGGAAGGGUCACAGGUCGAGGACAGCGACGCUGCAGACCAGGAGCCCUCGUCCGCCACCGACCUCCUGCCCUACCUGGGAGGGAUGGAGGACGGGGGCGGCGCGACCAGCGCCAUCGCCUCUGCAGGGGUGCGCGACAGGGAGAUGGGCACCUCCCCACGGAGCGUCUCGCAGCCCGCGCACCUUUACCCCCCCGGUCGCAUCAUCUGGAUCUUCCCCGCAGACGAGGACAAGAGCUCGCUGGAUGGCAGCACUGCUGGGGAGGAGCAGGGGCCCCCUGCUCAUGCCGGUGAGCAGGACACCGGAGGUGAAGCUCCAAGGAAGGAGCCUGAAGCCCCGGAACCAUCACCCAGCAAUGGUGACGGGGCCGCGCAGGUCUCCAUGGAGGAGGCAGUGGAGGAGGUGGAGGCCAAGGGCCAGGGCCCCUCCUCCAAGGAGGUCGCCGCUGCCGCAAGGGAGAGCGGGGACCCUCGAGCCACACGGGGCAAGGCGGUGCCCGUGGCCGUGGAAGCCAAGGCGACGAGCUUUGAGCGCCUCCUCCUCCUGCCCGACUGCUUCAACGACCACCUGCCCGAUCGCUACAUCGAGGUCCUCCAGCAGCUCUGA